AUGUCAAUAGCAGAUCUACUGAAAGAAGUAGAUAAUUUAGCCAAAAUAAUUAUAAAUAAGAAUGCAGAGUUGGAACAAUUAAAGAAAAGAUAUGAUAGCAAAAUUAAGAUAAUUAACGAUUAUAUUUCAAAAAUACGACCAGAACUGGUAAAUGAAGAACAAAUAUCAGAUGAACAAUUCGUAAAUCUACUAAAUAAGGACGUCAAAUGUACUCAAUGUGGUCAUCAAUUAAACAACAAAGAAGAAGAUGAAUUUUUACUAAUACCCAAAAAUCAAAUUCAAUAUUUACUACCGCAAGGACAGUUGCAUACUCAACCAAUACUAAAACAAGAUCCAAACCCCAUCAAACCAAUAGAGUCUAAAAGUAAAAAAAAGAAUCAUAUCAUAUGUUCAUUUUGUAAAGAAUCGGGUCAUACCAGAGCUAAGUGUCAUAAAAAAUUAGGAAUUCAGACAUCAUAA